AUCUGACUGUGCAUCUGUUCAAUCUGCACAUCGGAGGGGGAUUUAUCAAAUCAUCUAACAGGGGAAGAAAGACCAGAAGACAUUGCUCCGACUGAGAGAACAAGAGAUCAUUGCGGGGGGUCUGACUGCAACAAGCUUCUCCUUGCAGUCUCUGUGGCAACAUCAUGUAUUGCUGAAGAGGGAUGUUGCGUGCACCACGCUCCAGUGAGCAGAAAGAGGAACGGGGGGGAGACGGGGAUCUUGGUUUCAUGCUUUGCGGGGGACAGCUAGCAUUACAUGAGGGUGAAUCAGAGUGAUGACAUUGUUUCUAAGUACCAGCUCAGUGCACCUAUAUAUGUCCACCCCCCUUUUGGACGAGAGGCUAUUCACCUGUCCGUGCUGCUUUAGACGGGUCAUUGAGACAAAGGAGGGGAACUGGCAGAGGGUUAAAAUUUGAGCCAGGGAAGAGUCUGGCGCGCUGUCGAACAUUUUGAUGUGCAUUACUCGUGUCAGGUUUCCUGAUUGUGUCACAGGAAAUUAAGGAUUGACCCCGGGUGGUCGCUGAGGAGAGUCCACCAUGGCGGGAUAGAAAAGAUGCAUAUCCCGCUGCCCCUACGGCUGACGUGAGGAUUUCACUUCAAUGAGCUGCAUGUUUCUGCUUUUGAGUAGUUUCUGCACUAUUUUAUGUUUUUCCCACUUCCAUGCGGUUGACGUGUUGAAUGAAUAUCUCUGUGGUGCUGCUGUUGUUUUUAAAUCCCGGAGUAUUCAUCCCACUCCCCUGCUCGAUGGAGAACAAGUACCCCGCAAUUGCAGGGAAAGAGAAAGGACCAGGACCUGGCCGCUAUGGACUCCCUCCCACCAUUGGGUUCAUUGGCCAUGACUUCACAAAACCAACCGGCCCGGCCUACUCUUUCUAUGGCAGGAUCAGUAAUAACAUGCUUUCUGUGGACUCCAGUCCAGGGCCUCAGUAUCACGUUGAUGCAAAAAUGACGCGCUUUGGGAAGGAUGGCACGCCUGCAUAUUCAAUGUUGAGCAGAAUUAAAGGGCAGAUAGAAGAGUUGUCCAGUACACCAGGACCUGGUGCAUACAGUCCCGAGAAGGCUCCCCCCUGCAACCUGCAGCGCAGACCCCCCUCCUACACGAUGGGCUCUCGCACCCGCUACCGCAGCGCAGACUCAGUCCCCGCCCCCAACAAGUACACCCUGCCCCCACUCCUGGGCCCUCGCAUCCCCAACAAGAGAGCCAGCGCGAGUUACACCAUGCCGGGUACCUUCAGCACUGGGGGACCGUCUGUGGACUUGGCCAAGACGCCCGGGCCCUGCAGAUACAACAGUACGGACCCGAGCGUUUAUCUGCGCCGGCAGCCUGCGUUUUCCAUGUUGGGACGUCACAACCUGCCCAAAGAGAAGAGCAAAAACCCCGGGCCGGGGACGUAUAACCCCGAGGACGUCACAGCUCACAGGGCCAGAGCACCAGCGUACUCUAUGGGCGUCAGACACUCAGAAUUUGUUACGCCACUAGUAGUCGGGUUUUCUGACUAG